AUGCCGCGUCCAAGCGCCCGUCAAGACAUCCUGUAUGCUGCUGCAUACGAGCGAGUACUGGGCUCGCGAUACGUUGACCGACCGCCGUCGUACCGUCGUCGUAGCGAUUGCUGGACGCAAUUGCUCUACGAUACUACAAAGCUAAAUUCGACGGAGUUUUUGGAGUACUUUCGGCUAGAGCGCGAGGCAUUCUUCAGACUCGUCGACCUGGUGAGAGACCACCCGGCGAUGGUUUCUUCGGGCAAUUGCCCGUUUCGCGGUGGAGUGGAGCUGCACAUGCUCGUGCUGUUGAAGUGCCUCGGUGCAUUUGGCAAUGACAACACGUGGUCAAAGCAGGCACAGUAG